AUCAAUACAGCAGGAAUUUGAUUUACAGCAGCUUCAUGUCUUUAAUAAAUAAUUUACUUUUGGGAAAACAGUCUGUACUGAUAUUGACUACUUCAGUCGCUUUUUUUUGAGUUUAUCUAAUGUCCACUUAUGUCACGCGUGGUAACAUUUCUUGUAAUCUCAACAUGCUGUCAGUCGCUGCACCUUUUCUAGCAACAAGUCGAAGUCUAAUAUCCGAUUUUUUCAGCUGCACUUACCACUGCUUUCAAAUAAAUAACAGAACGAAUGCCUCUGGAUACACGAUGUCUCACCCGUUGACGAAUUGACAGCUUCAACUGCUAUGAGCAGUGAUUCUAUGAUGUGCUUGGGAUUUACGCUAAGGUGCCAAGUAUCAUUCGCUCUACUCGCCAUCAUGCAAACUUCGCCUUCCUGCAUAUCUUCAGUAGCCAUCUAUCGGCAAGACUGUUAUAGCAAGCACUAUUCAUCGCACACUCACUCCAAACGAUUCGCAUUCACCACGGACAUAGCUUUCAAGGCAACGGUCACGGACCCCAGAGUCUAUAUAAUGCUAUUGGCGGCGUCGAAUAGCUAACAACGCUACGACUGGUGCCAAAUGCUGGUGACCAAUUACGGCGCUGCUGUCUACAUGUUUCAUGCGUUUUCUG